AUGGAGCCCGCGCGAGGGAGCCGCCGAGCGCCGGCCGAGGCGCCCAAAGCAGCCUUCCCAGCCAAACGCCCGGCGGCGAAGGCCGGCCGGCCUGCCGUGGGCGACGGGCUGGCGCGGCGUGCGUGCAGGCGAGGCGAGGGAGGCGAGGCGAGGCGGGCGGAGGUCCAGCGGCGGGAGCGCUCGACGCCGCAGCGGGAUCCGCGGCCGGAGCUCCGUCGUCAGGACCCAGCGCUGGGGGAGGGGCGGCGUGAAGGGGAGGGGCGGGGCGCUGAGCGGGCCCACGUGACGCAGAGCCGCGUGUCUCCGCCAAUGGGCGACGGAGGGGGGCGGGGCCUCGGAGCAUCGCGCGCCGGUCCGCUGCGCCUCCUCCCUGGCCGCCAUUUUGUUCCUCGUCCUGCGCAGGCAGGAGGGAGCGCGGAGCGGGGGAGGCGGAGGGGCCGGCCGGCCGGCUGGCAGGUUUCCCCUCGCAGGCAUGACCGACGCGCGCGCGCGCGCCCGCCCUUCCGCUGCCUCGGCCCGAAGGAGGCUCGGGUGGCUUCCUGCAAUGUUGAACUGCGCAGCUUUCCUGUUUCUCAUAAAAAUAGAAAUGCUUUCCCCGCCCCCCCCCCGCCGCCGCCCCCCCAAAACCCUCCCUCAGUAGCAGGGGCCUCGACGCGUCUCUGCCGGGGGCUGGGGAAAGACUCGGACUACCGCAGCUGUUGCCGCGUGCUCGUUCGGGGAGGCUUUUGUAUUCACUUCAUUCAGCAGCCUGUCUGCACAACCGGAACAUCUGGAGUGGCUCGAUGUUUAAUCAUAUGGGCAUCCAGUGUGCGUGGCACUCUGCAGAGGCCCCUGAAGGAGCCUUCAAGCUGAAAUUUCAAACAAAGGAGACAACAAAAAGAGAAGAGGGGGGUAGAGACAGAGUUGGUUUCACCCUAUGUUACCGCUGUUUGCCAGGUAACAACAAGUGAUUUCAGCUCAGCAGCUUAACGAGGUUUGAGGAAGCCGACGUUCUUCACAGCAAAAGAUUUUAUUGCAAGUGGUGGUCACAGC